CCGCCCUCCUCGUCUCCGACCACCAUGGCUGCGCUCGCCAGGGACGCCGCCGCAUUCAAGUCUGCCCUCCACAGGCAGGACUACUCCUCCUGGCACGCCCAGCCAGAACCCGCACCGCCCGCCCCGGCCGCGCCUCCUCCCGUAGAGUCUUCUGAGCCGCCGCACAAGAAGAAGAAGCGGCCAAAGUCCAAUGUCGUCUACUCGCAGCCCGCCGACACGGGCACGGGCACGAACGUCAACACGCAGCUCGUGUACCUCGUGAACCACCUCAAGUCGAACGGCAACCCCAUGCGGCUGCAGGACCUGGCCAUCAUCACGAACAUCCCCGUCGACACACACCCGGCGCUCCUGGAGAAGUUCCGCGCGCACGACCGCGUCGUGCAUGACCCACGGACAGACUUGUACUCCUACCGGGUGCGUAUGCUCGGCUUCCUCGCCCUUACUGACCCUUAUCCGGAGCCGCCAGCAUGACUUCAACGUGCGGAAUAAAGCGGCGCUCCUCACAGAGAUCCAGCGACAAACACGCAAGGGCGGCGGGCUGUCCAUCCGCACACUCAAAGAGAGCUGGAAGGAGGCGCCACAGGCGGUCGAGGAGCUCGAGAAGGAGGGCGAGGUGUAUGUCACACGGACGUUGAAGGACGGGCAGAUGCGGAUGGUCUUCUGGAACGAGAUGAAGCCUGACGAGGAGAGCGGGGGUCUUUCGGUCGAGAAAGGUGCGUAUACACGUCUAUCCACUUGGGAUCGCAGUUGACCUCUCCGCGCAGAGUUCAACGACCUCUGGCACU